CCACUUGUAUAAGCCAGCCCAGACCUAUCAAGUCAUGAAGAAGACCGCCAUCACGAGAGCAUCUCUGCGGUCAGCGAAGAAAGAACACCGAACCUCGUCGUUUCGGAGGGCGAGGCCCAUGUGAAACCGCGAAAUCGCCAAUCCCAUGGUUAUUCCCGGUUGCCCCCCUAGGACCGCAGACGAGAAGCAAAGCUUGAUUUAAGGGCCGAAGCUCAAGAUCACUCCACCCCUGGAAGAACUCGGAGCUGAGGCCAUACUGCUCCGCCCCGGGGGCACGGCCAGGCGCCGGGACGGAGGCGGCGUCACGGAGAAUCAUGUGUGUUCAGGUUGAUAAGCAAUGGUCGUGUGGACACGUCGGAUACUUCCAGAUCCGGUGGUGUGAGAAGUUGUUCAAGGGCUGCAAAGGGACGUCAGCUGCCCACGACAUCAUAUACGAGCCGCAAGAAUGCAGCGACUGCCUUCGUCGCAAGACACUCCCCAAGCCAUUUACUUCUAAGUGAUUACUUAUAAGUGAGCUAUUACUGGAAUGAUUGAGAGUUCUGGGAGACUUGCUCUCUCUUGCAAUACUGGCUCUCAGUCGAGAAUCAAUUUCAAAACCAAACAAGUUAUCGUGGCCAUUGGACUACAUGGGCGACUCUUGCGAUUCAACUGGCGUUCAUUAGGAAAUAGAACGGAAAUCAGUUGAAAAUGCCGGCAUGAGAACACUUUGCA